CAUAUAUAUUCUAACCACAGCAACUUUGAAGCCCUUCACUUUGAUUCUUCCUGUCUACCUAGCUGGGUUUAAAAUACUCUGCUCCCUCCAAGAUCAAAUGCACUCAGCCCUCCCUUCAUGUACCAGAGAAAAUAUUAACUCCUCACAUGGGCACCCUCCAAAGUUUCCCCUUGGUAGGCUAUAAAUGCCUGCCCAUGACAUCUGCAUGGUUCUCUACCACCACACACCAUCACCACUGCUAGCUAGCUAUAGCUACUCGAUCUUCUCCAGCUUUUGCCACAGGCAAGCAGAACCUAGCUAGCUAGCACAAGUAUUUUCCUGCCAUUCCCAGCAGGAUGGCCAUGAAUCCUCUCUCCCAGGAGCACCACCCCAAUGCAUGGCCAUGGGGGGUGGCCAUGUACACGAACCUGCACUACCAGCAGUACCACUACGAGAAGGAGCACCUGUUCGAGAAGGCCCUGACGCCCAGCGAUGUGGGCAAGCUCAACAGGCUGGUGAUCCCGAAGCAGCACGCCGAGAGGUGCUUCCCUCUCGGCGGCGACUCCGGGGAGAAAGGCCUCCUGCUGUCCUUCGACGACGAGGCCGGCAAGCCAUGGCGGUUCAGGUACUCGUACUGGACGAGCAGCCAGAGCUACGUGCUCACCAAGGGCUGGAGCCGGUACGUCAAGGAGAAGCAACUCGACGCCGGAGAUGUCGUGCACUUCGAGAGAGUGCGCGGCCUCGGCACCGGCGACCGUCUGUUCAUCGGCUGCAGGCGCCGCGGCGACGUCGGUGCCCCAACGCCACCGCCCGCUGUGCGUGUCAUGCCGGCGUCCGGACAGAACCACCCCAGGGAGCAGCAUCAGCAGCAGCCAUGGAGUCCAAUGUGCUACAGCACAUCCGGCUCAUACCCUACUAGCCCGGCCAACUCCCAAGCCUACCGGCGCUCAGUAGACCAUGAUCACAGCGACAUGCACCAUGCAGGGGAGUCGCAGUGGGACGCAGAUGGCAGGACCUGCAGCCCAGCCUCGGCGCCGACAAGGCGGCUCAGGCUGUUCGGCGUGAACCUCGACUGCGGGCCCGAGCCGGAGGCCGACACGUCGACGGCGACAGAGGCAAUGUACGGCUACAUGCACCAGAUCCCCUACGCCGCCGUGUCUCCAGUGCCCAGCAACUGGGGCAGCUCAUAAAUAAGAUGACGAGGAUAUCCAUCUGAGGCCAUAUGCUUUGCAUGAUCCUAACAACCAGCAGUGGAACAAGUUACCACCACCACCAGCUUACUGCUGCUGCUCUGCGCCAAGUGACAGGUUUGAAUUGACCUGUGGAAGGAAAAGGAAGGAAGUGGGGAGAUCCCUUGUUCCCCGGGCAAUCUUCCAUCCAUCCAUCACCAGAGCACCCUUUUUCUGUUCUUUUCUUUCUUUCUUUCCCCUUUUCCUUCUUGUCUUCCAGAAACUCUACUUGCUGUAUGGGGCCCUGGCAGCAGGCAUGGGUGUAGAGAGGUUCCAGGAAACAUCAACUCGAAAAGGAGAGGGAGAGAGCUAGACAGACAGACUUGUGUAUGUAUGUGUCAUGUCUGUCAAUGAGUGAGUGCUUCAGUGGGUCCAAGAAGAAGCUCUGAAGCUGAUGUAUCCUCUCCUGCCUCCUCAAGAAACAAAGUAAUAUCCCCUUGGGGAUUUUGUUCUCUCCCAAUCUCCCCCCUCGUGUACAGUUCAACUGUUCUAGAGCUCAUGCAAUCAAUUUGGUGGUGCAAUGCUUUCACUUUCACCUAAAGGGGUAAGGAUUAAGUAGGGAUGUGCAUAUGCAAUGUAUUCCACCUUACUUUGAACAGUGUCGAUGGUUAUGUUUCCUUUUUAAGA